AUGUCAUCAUCAUCUUCUAGAAAAGAUCCGCUAAGCCACGAGAGGAUAUCCAAAUCAAGAGCAUUCAGCGCAUCGAUUCUCACAUUCGUUACUGUUGUCAUUUUCCUAGAAUUAGGGUAUCAUCUAAUUUGGAGUGCCAAAGUAAUGAUAAAUCAACCUUAUGGUAACUUUUUCAACAACUUGGUCUACGGUCCGGGCUCGUUUUUAGCCAAUGUUGGACUAAGCACAAAGUUAUUGAGGUAUCUAAACAAGGUGUUGGUUGAAGAUAAAUUGGAAGCGGAUUACAAAAAGUACAUAUAA